AAAGCAGCGGCAGGAUAAUCGAUCCUUAGCGGGAGUCUGCGCAGAACCGUGCCAGUGUUAGGCUGGACGUGUGUUAUCCGCAAUUUGUAAAAAUGUGAUAUUUACAAAGCAAGUGACUGAAUUACAUUAAAAAAUCAGCCGGGCAUUACAUAUAAAAAGUUUGUCGGUACGGAUUUCAACAAAGCAGACAGAAUCAGUUGACUUGGUCACUGUCACACGAUAAACACUACCCACACGGCUUCCCAAUGGAAAUAAUCAAGUGCCGCAGUGCUUACAAUACAUUCAAACGUUAACUACAAGUUUAAAUAAUGUGUAAACGCUAUUUAAUGUUGUUAAUAGUCUAUAGUUGUUGUUGAAGUGACAAGGUUAUAGUUUUUCAACUAUGGGAAACCUGCAGACCAGUGAAUCGAAACCGGUGAAGGGCAAAUCACCCGGGAAGCCGAAAACGAAAAUAAAACUACGAGGAAAAAAAGGUAAAUCCGACGAAUUGCUCUUCGCAGGUGUAGUACCUGACGAAGCGGAAUUCGAAGAGCAUGUGUCCGAUUCGAAACUCGAAAAACAACCGGAAACAAAAACUCCCAAUCGGCACGAAAAAACGGACAAGGAAAAAGACAACGUCAUAGUGACCGAUUCAUGGUGCAAAGUAAACAACCUAAGCAACGACAAGAAAAAAGUCGCUACCUCCCCGUCGAGCUCCGAUUCAAACUUCACGGAUCCCUUGACACCUGUAGGCUUCACCACCGCUGUUACCGAGCCCCACAUCAGCGAGGAAAACGUAAAUCUGGACGUGGAAGUUCCGAAUUCUACUCACGAGACCUUCCUGCACAAUUUGACGUUGAAUAGUUUCAAGCUGAACGAAUACCGGGCCAGGCACGAGGAAGAGAAGUGUAAGAAGUUGAGCAAACUCGGCGUGUCUAGAACCAGCCAAAUCAGUUUGGACAGUAACCCCUGCGAGUGUUUCGUCACGGACAAUGUGGAGAUUAUCAGUCAGGAUAUGUACAAUGACAGCGGAAUUGUCAGUGACGCUCUGGAGAGGGAGGAUACGCUGAAAAGGAGGUCCAGGGAAUCGGUAGAUGGGUCCUUGGAUGGCAGGAAGGUGACUGAGAUGGUGAAGAAGAUGUCGGAUGUCAGUCUGACAAACGGCCACCCGGGGUACAAGCGACACAUGUCCGUACCGUUAGACAUAGCCAAAUCCAACUCGGACAGCACCGUGCUGAAGAAGGUGGCGUCCCUGACUCUUAGCAAGGCGGAGUUGGAGUCUAAAGUUACCAAACCGAAAUUCGUACCUGAGAAGUUGGACUUUAAGUUAUACGAGAAGUUCGAAGGUCACAUGCUGGUGAAUUGGUAUUUGUCAGAGUUCAGCGAUGAGCACCAUGUCAGUCAGCUUUUGAACGAGCUGGACUUCAAAAUUUUGGCUGUGCAGUUCUGUACGCACCUGCUGGCUGCAGGUGUUCUGAAGCAGAUACCCGAUAAGGACGUCCCUAUGUACAAUAUAUUUAAGCCUGACUGCAUGUACUACUGGAGCCAUGCCGAGGCACCGAUAUCAAUUCCACAAACUCCCGGGCGGCUGAGCGCCCUCUCGUGGCCGCCGAUGUCGCCAACCGACGUAUUCACCCCUCCAAGCACAAACGAAGCAAUAAAUUCGAUACUGAUGGACGGUCCGCCUCAAGGAAACACCCUCUUGUCACCCUCGAUCGACGAGCUCAACAAACCGAGGCCGAUGGAAUUCAAAAAUUCCGCCAGAGACGUGGAGAUCCUCUCCUUAGAAGAAGAGAUAAAACGCUUGAAACAGGAAGUGGAGAAAUACAAGACUCUCAUAGAGAUACAGACCUUAACCACAAACGCCGUUAUGGAUUUUAGUUCGCCCGUUGAAGAAAACAAACCUCUUAUUAAGAGCUGUGAUAAUUUAUCUAGUUUAAGUAAGCUAAGCAAGAGUGACAAUAAGUUAAAUGAACUGAGCAGAGUUGCACAGGUUAAUGCGGAAGCACAAGUAGAAACCGACGUCAGGAUAAAAAAGAGUAGUUCAGCACAAACGGAUGAACUGUUGGUAACUGUUGCACAAGGAACUCAAACGGAUGAUGAUAUUACAUUUACCUCAAAAAACUUAGCCGAAGCUUUAGAUAGAACCUCGAGAGGAACGGAAAUGGACAAAGCAGACCUUCCCACAUCCUCAGUAACAACUGACGUUCAUACUCCUGCGACCAAAAGUGAAAACGAGGCGCUUUCUACUGUAUCUCCUGCACCCUGUGCUACAACACCUUUGUCUGAUUCAAUAGCACAAACAACGACAAAGCUUGUUCCGCCUCCACCACCACCCCCAAUUCCAGCCACAAUAGCACCACCUCCACCACCAAUGCCAGGAACGGCAGGUCCACUCCCACCACCAAUGUCAGGAACGGCAGGUCCGCCCCCACCACCAAUGCCAGGACUGGCAGGUCCGCCCCCUCCACCAAUGCCUGGAACCGUAGGCCCACCCCCUCCACCAAUGCCAGGGCUGGGAGGUCCGCCCCCUCCACCAAUGCCUGGAACGGCAGGUCCGCCCCCUCCACCAAUGCCUGGAACGGUAGGACCACCUCCACCACCAAUGCCAGGAAUGUUUGGUGUUCCCCCACCACCUAUGCCUGGGAUGGCAGUACCCCCACCUCCCCCUGCUCCAGGUGUUGGACCUCCACCCCCACCGCCACCUGGAGGACCUGUUCCAUUACCAGUGCCACCUGUUGGAGGCUGGAGUACCCAAAAAGCAGUGGCCCCACCAGCUCCAGCGUUUUUAGCAAUGAGAAAACCUACCAUAAACCCUGCAGUGCCCAUGAAACCGCUAUACUGGACCAGAAUCAUAGCUCCACCAGAAGUCACUGAUGCCAGCCACCAGGACAACGCCCUCUGGAAGGAAAUAGAGGAAUUGCCUUUGGACAGUUUAUCAGAGUUCACAGAAUUAUUCUCGAGACAAGUCGUCACCAGAAAACCGACGUUUAAAAAACAAGAAGAGAAGGCGAAAGUGGAAGCUAUUAAGUUAUUGGACAGCAAAAGAUCUCAGAACGUCGGUAUCCUAGCUCAAAGUUUACGCGCCGAUAUCCAAGAAAUCGAAAAUGCCAUUUACAAUUUUGAUACUUCUAUUAUUAGUUUAGAGGCCCUACAGCAGAUUUAUGAAGUGCGGGCAAAUUCCGAGGAAUUAGAAUUAAUUAAAAGCCAUCUAUCAUCCAAGCCUGACGUCCCUCUGGAUAAGCCGGAGCAGUUUUUGUACGAGCUCUCUGAAAUAUCUCACUUCGCCGAGCGGAUAUCCUGCCUCAUGUUCCAGGUGGAGUUUGACGACUCCAUUAGCACGAUUGGGAACACUCUGACUAACAUUAAGGCAACUUGCGAGUAUCUCGUAAACAGCGUCGAGCUGAAGGAAGUGAUGGCCAUAAUCCUCACCCUUGGAAACUACAUGAACGGUGGAAACAUGACAAGGGGACAAGCCGACGGCUUCGGCUUGGAAAUCCUAUCGAAAUUGAAGGACGUAAAAUCGAAGGAUUCGAAGAUAACACUAUUGCAUUACAUUGUAAGGCUGUAUAUGAAAAAAAUUGAAAACCCUUUCGAGCCCAACUUGCCACUGCCUGUUCCCGAACCAGGUGAUAUAAAAAGGGCGGCGUCUGUGAACUUUGACGAUCUCAGGGUGGAUCUGCAGAAGCUGCAGAAUCAGUUGGAAGCAUGCGAAACAAAGUCUCAAAAAAUCAUCGAAGCCUCCAAUCCUGAAAACUUGCAGCCGUUCAAGGACAAGAUGACGGCGUUUCUGGAACAUUCAAAGAAACAGCUCGCCACGGAAUUUGAAUCUCUGGAAGAUUGCCACAAGCAGUUUAUUUCCACAAUGAAGUUUUAUCUUUUCAAGCCCAAGUCAGGCACGUUAGAAGCUUUCCCGCCAAAUUCUUUUUUCGAGCUGUGGUUGCAGUUUUGUAUAGACUUUAAGGAUAUAUUUAAGAAGGAACUGAUGAGGCUUGAAAAGGAAAAGAUACAAGAAAUUAAAAGGAAGGAAUUUGAACGUAUGUCCGAGGGUGUCAAAAUAAAAGAAAGAGAGAAUGGACUUAAAGCGAAAAUUAAGAGAUUACAAGCUAAACAAAAGAACAAGACCAAUGAUUAAGUCAUUCUUAAUUUUAAUUCCGCAAUUUUUAAAAUAAUUUAUUUAUUUUGUCGAAUAUUUUAUUUAUAUAUGU